AAAGGCCAAACGUGUUUCGUAUUCGCCCCUUCAUAUAUACAUGUGUAGAUAUCACGCAGAGGCGAGCUAGCAAGUGAUCAGAGAUGGAGAACAGAAUCAAGGCAAAGAACGAUCUCCGACUGGUCGUCCGGUCCAGGCCGGCGGCGGAUGGACGCUGCAAGAAGCAUCAGACGCACCAGCAGUCACCGGGGGUUUGCUCCGUUUGCCUGACGGAGCGGCUCUCUCAGUUGUCGCGCAGUUCGAAAACCAAAAGCAUAGCGUGGUCGUCUUCCACGUCGUCUUUGUCUUCGCAUAAUUACUCUUCGUGCCAGUCUUCUCCGGUCCACCGCCGGUUCCAUUUGGCGGCAGAUCAUCGGGCGAAAGGCAAGAUUGAUAGCGUGAUUAGGAAGAGUAGGUCGAUGGUUUUCGCUCCGAGAAAGAGAGAGAUGGAAGGCGCGGAGGGAGAGGAGGGGAAGAAGAAGAGAGGGUUCUGGUCGAAGUUGCUUCAUCCGAGAAGCAAGAAGGUUGACGCCGGUUCGUUCUUCCGGUCAAGCACCUUGAGAGAGAGGCCGAUCACCACAGUGGUUCGUUAAUGGAGUUUCUUCUUCUUCUUUUUCUUGGUGUUUCUCUGAUUUUGUUUAGUGCAUAAAAGAAUUUGUAAUUAGUAUUUAAUUUACAAGUUAAAGAAAAACCAACGAUGUAUGAAUGAUACAAUGAGCAGAAUCCUCCCCGAACGCAGCAUAUAUACAACUCUUCUUCGUAUUGCA